CGAUAGUAGUCUGAACGAUUUUAAUUGGCUGACUAAUAACUCUGGCGCUACUACCUCGUCAUUACAACCCUCUCCACUAAAGGGGUUUCAGGGAACUCGACUACCGACUACCAAGCACACAGCUCUAUCUUUCAAUUGCAACAUGUCUCUCACCUCCAACGAGAGCACCCCUACCCUUUUAAAUGACUACACAUUCAAAACAGAUCUUCUCACCAUAAUGAGUGACACUGCUCCAGAAACAAAUGACAAGUUAAAGCAUCAUGCAAAAGCCAUUCUCCAGGAAGUACGAUCAACGAUGACUUCAAUCUAUCCAUAUGGGGUCAGCACAUAUAGGUUAUUGGAUGCAAUGAUUGAUGGUUCAGAGCAAGCUGGUUUGUCAACUGGUGUACACUAUGCAGCAGCUGCCAUCUUAGUGGCCUAUCAAAAGGGAGAGGCAUCAAACUCCUCUGCCUCUGAGUUGACAAAGUUGGCACAUGAUUGGUUCUUCUUCCUUCUCUGGCCUUUCAAAAAGACCUUCAGACCCAGCUACUCUCCACAAUCAGAGUUCUCUACUCCCACCCCCCAAUCCCAUGCUUCCAAAGUCAUUGUUGACACUGUGCCUGCAGCAUCACAAAAUUCUCACUUUCUGGAUCUGCUCACCAGACGAGAAGGUGAUAAAUGUGCAGUCACUGGAGCUUUGAAUACCUUCAAUGCACCACAUCCCCGUACUCAUCGUGAAGCACAGCUCAAUGGUGCCCACAUCCUCCCAAGAUCCAUUGUUCAAGAGCAUCCAGAAGGCAAUCGCAUUGCAGGAACAAUUGACAUCAUAAAGCACUUUACUAACCUUCCUUUGAGCAUUAUAGAUGACAUGUCUAGGAUGAUUGAUGACCCAUCAAAUGGAAUGUUGCUUGAGCAGACAUUGCGCUAUGCUUCUGAUUGCUAUAUGUGCUGCUUAGACUCUACGGAUGUCUUGGACAAAUAUAAAAUACACUGGUUUCGCAGUAUCCCUUCUGAUUUGGAGGAUUUCACAGAAGUCCAAUUCAAGGAUCACUCUCAAACUGGUAUUCCGCCUCCCAACCCUAUGUUCAUUGUGCUCCGUUCUGCCAUCUCCCACAUCCUAAACCUCAGUGGUGCUUCAGAAGCCAUAGACAAGCAAGGAAGAGUGCCUUCUUAG